AUUCGUACGAGAGACGUCUCCCUUCCCUUAUUGCACGCAUAUUCCAACACUGGGUUCGGGGGAAGAGCCUCCUCUGCCCGCGCUCUGCUCUUUCGUCCCGCCUGUUGCGCGCCGCAGCUCCGCGGGGGGAGGAAGCAGUUGUUGGAGAGCAGGGAUCGGGCCGGCCCCUGAUUGGCGCCUCCCCCCAGCAGCCGCUCUGAAUGCUGCUCAUUGUGCGCGGAGCCGGCGCCGCCGCCGCAGCCGCAGCUGCGCCGUCUUGCUGCCUCCGGACUCCCUGCGUCCUCUUGGCCGCCCGCCGGCAAAUACUAACUAAGUGUGGACACAAUGACACAGUAACCUGGGAUUCUCUGUACAGUUUGUCAGCAACCUUUAAUUUGUAAAACUUGAAACAUAAUUUUAUAAAAUUGGUGCUUUAAAAAGUGGCGACCACCUUCUCUCCAUCAUUCCAGCUGCACUUGGCUUCACCCAGGAUGCUGAGGCUUCGUCUUUCCAAUGCCACGAUUGCAAUUAUCCUGGCAGUCCAGACAGGAUUCCUGGUCUUUCUCUACACUCAACAAGGUGGCUUCAUUCCUCAUUCCGUGGAAAAGCCUACCCAGGUGCAUGUCCUUAUCCUCUCCUCCUGGAGGUCAGGAUCUUCCUUUGUGGGGCAACUCUUCAGCCAGCACCCCAAUGUCUUCUACCUGAUGGAGCCAGCCUGGCACGUGUGGGCAGCCAUGUACCAAAACAGUGCCAAGGUUUUGCACAUGGCAGUGCGGGAUCUCAUCCGGUCUGUCUUCAAGUGUGACAUGUCUGUCUUCGAUGCCUAUAUGCCCUGGAAGAGUAAUAGAAACUUGUCCGAUCUGUUCCAGUGGGCUGUGAGCCGGGCGUUAUGCACAACUCCUGCUUGUGAAUUCUUCCAGCGGACUGAUAUUACCAGUGAGAACGCUUGCAAGACUCUCUGUGGCAAGUACCCCUUCAGCAAAGUGGAAGAGGCCUGCAAGACGUACAGCCAUGUUGUCCUAAAGGAAGUCCGUUUCUUUGACCUCAAGGUGCUCUACCCUCUCCUCGCUGAUCCCUCUCUGAACCUCAAAAUCAUCCACCUGGUCCGGGACCCCAGGGCUGUUGUGAAGUCUCGGGAACAGUCUGUUAAAGCCCUUGCCCGUGACAACGGAAUUGUUCUGGGUGUGAAUGGCAGCAGAGUGGAUGACAGUGGAUAUAAAGUCCUGCAGGAGAUUUGCAGAAGCCAUGUUCAGAUCUAUGAAACAGCUACUCAGAAACCUCCAUUAUUUUUAAAAGAUCGUUACUUAUUGAUCCGAUUUGAAGACAUUGUGCGAGAUCCUUUAAUGGAAAUUACUGCAAUGUAUGCAUUUGCAGAUCUUCUGUUGACCCAGAAACUUGAGAAUUGGAUCUAUAAUAUUACACAUGGACAAGGACCAAGUAAGAAAAGAGAAGCCUUCCAGAUCACUUCUCGAGAUGCGGUCAAUGUCUCCCAGGCUUGGAGAAAUGUUCUUUCAUUUCAGAAAGUACAAAGAGUGCAAGAAGUUUGCAGAAGUGCUUUAAAUAUACUUGGUUAUCAAUUUGUAAAUUCUGAGAAAGAGCAGAAAGAUUUGUCUUUAGAUCUAGUAUUGCCACAUCGGAGAACUCAAUUUCGCUGGGCAUUGUUUAGUGAAAACUAGAUGAAAUUUCUCAAAUGACUGGAAAAGAUUUGUUGGCUUCAGUAAAUCUGGUAAUUUCUCUUAGAACUCCAUUUUCCCAAACCAAGGAACUGCAUGCCUUUUGCUUUUUCAAAUUAAUAGUAAUGCAUAGCAUCCAGAACAACUUUAUCAUGUUGCAUUACAAGAAAAUUAUUUUUCACUUGUGCAUGGUUAAUAACUAUGAUAUAUUGCUCUAUUCAUUCUUGAACUUUUUUUUUCUAAAGCUCUUUUUCAUAUACAGGACUGUAAAAUACUGAUAAGGAAUAAUGCUUUUGGGAAUCUGAAAUGUUAUUAUACUCAAACUUCCAUGUGCCACAGAGAUCAGGGAACAACGGGAAUAGAAAUCCAGGGGCUAGAAGGAUUUGUUUCAAUACAUAUUUUUACAGCCUUUAUCUCCUUUGUCUAUGUACCCCAACAUGCUGCUGCUCUGGAUUUGUCUUUGCAUUUAUUAUAGUCUGAAAUUUUGGAAUAUGGGCAUCCUGUCUCUCUUUGUAAUAGUGAGAGUUAGCUCCUAAUGAAAAUUAUAUGGAAAAUGUGAUUAUUUUUUUUUUGCUUUAUAGCUGGAAAUAGAUAUACUUGGAUUCAAUCUUCUUGGGCAUAUUUUUUAUCAUACUGAAAAGUAGUAGCAUCCCACAUGGGGCAGUUGAAUAUUGCAAAGGUAUGAAGCUUAUUUAUUAUAGCUGUUAUAUGCCAGUGUAAAAAAUGGGGUUUCUGUAGCUAGUGUUGCGAGGUUGGUAGCCCCUGAUCUCCUGUGUUCACACAACAGACCCAACCCUAAAACCUUGUGUGAUUAACUUCUUACAUAUCCAUGUAGAUUCCCAAGUAAUCUCUCUGUACUAACUCUGUGCUAGGCUUUGCUGGUAAUAAGGUGUGGGAAUAAAAAAUAGUUUAGAUUCUCAGAGGAGGAGGAGGAGGAGGAGGAGGGAUGGCAGAUAUGGAGUUGGCAGAGGGGAAAGUCUUAAAACACCUAGGAGAUUGAUGGGAAGAGUGGAGAUGGUGGUUGACAGCUAAAAUGGCCAACAUGGACUUACUGGUUUUAAUUUAGAGAAAGGAUGGCCAGUCUUCCUAGAAUUGAGGGGGCAGUGUUUGUUCUGUGGAAGUCUUGUUACUUUGUAAGUGAUCAAAGUGAUCCCUAAGCAUUCUAGGAUAGGGCCCGGAGAAGAUUCACUGAAGAGGAAAAGCACUCUGGGGCAAAUUAUUAACCAAUGCUAGUGGCAUGGUGGGAUGUCAGGAGAUAAUAGAGAGAGAGAAAAACCUAAGGUUUAGAGGGACAGUGAGUCACCAGCUGGAUCCUGGCCAACUACCAGUUUAUUUGUGAGAGACGGAAGAUUGCCAGUAAGUUCUGUAAGGCCUUAACUCUAGACUGGAGUAUUGUUAAUAUUUAGCAACACAGAAAGGUGCAUAUACACUCUCAAGUUCAUAUAAUAACUUACUAAGAGAUUCAGGUUAAAAUGGCUUUGAGUGAAUAGUUUGAUUCCCCCCUCCCCCAGUAUCUCCUACGCUUUUACAACAGGCUCUUGUUCUUAGAGGGGAAAAUUGUUUGCAGUCAGCAGGUUAUAAAUCUUUUAGCUGGAAGCUGGGAAAUUGCUUUUCACAUUUAUGUUACAGAAAAUAAGAGAAAAACUAGAACAUUAUGCCUCUUCCAAUUAAAUCCUUUGAACCUGUGUACAUACCCUAUGAUCCUAUGUCAAUAUGAUUGCUGAAUUUGCAUAAUGCAUUGUACCCAAACAAACCAUAUUAUCACUUAAUAUGAUAGCCUGAUUCACAUAUACUAAACCAUAAGCUACCCAUUUUAGCCUAGCCUGCAUGAAUUCAGUUUUUUUGUCAUAUGGGUUUGUCCUGUAGAUUUAUGUUACUGACUGUACUUAAGAUUUCAAUAAAUCUAA